AUGAGGAGAUGUUUUUCUCAAUCUUUGAUUAAUAAUGCUACGAGAAGGAAACAGACUUUGAAGCAACAAGAUGAUGAGGUGAAGGAAUUAUUUUCUACUCACCAACCUCAAGAAAAGGAAGAAAUCAUUAAUGCUAUGAGUAAUGAGGCAAUUAGUUUAAUGCCGGAAAUUAAUUUUGGAGGUGAUGAGGAAAUUUCAAAGCCUGUAAAAAGAGUAAGGAAGAAGAAGGAAAUUGUUUUUCCAUCCGAAGAGGAAAUUAUGAAAACAUUUACAAUUGAUGAUGUACAGAUUGAUUUGAGUGAAGAACAAAAGCAAGUUGUUUUUGGAGAUGUGAAUGAUGACUUGUUAGUGUUGGCUUGCGCUGGAAGUGGAAAGACAACAACCAUUAUUUGUAAAAUUGUUUACAUGAUAAAGUAUUUGAAAAUUCCAGCUCAUCAGAUCAUGUUGACAACAUUUUCAAGAUUGGCAGCAAAUGAUAUGAAGGAAAAGCUUGCCAGUAUUGGAGUUAAGAGUAAAUUUACUAUUGGAACCAUUGAUGCAUUUGCUUACAAGACAUUGAAGAAAUAUUGGCAAUAUUUUGAUUCUCAAGCUUGUGUGAUUGAAUAUGGAUAUAGAUUGAGGAACUUAAUGAAGAAUUAUCCAGAAAUUGCGGAUGAAAUUUGUAAAAAGAAAAAGUAUCUCAUAAUUGAUGAGUAUCAAGAUAUUGAUAAUUUUCAAGCAGAGAUUUUUGAAGAGUUUCACAAAAGAGGAUGCAAGAUAAUUGCCGUAGGAGAUGAUUCGCAAAACAUUUACUCAUGGAGAGGAUCCAGUGUGGAACAUAUUUUGAAUUUUCACUCAAAAUAUCCAAACUCUAAGCUGUUAACACUGACUAGAAAUUAUAGAAGUACGCCAGAAAUUUUGCAAGUGGCAAAUGCAAUUUUGAGAAAUAAUCCAGAUAAUAUUCCAAAAGAAAUGACAACCACAAGAGAAUCUAAUCUUAAACCAAUCAUUGUAAAUGAUAACCAGGGUUUGUAUGUUGCUAAGAAAAUAUCAGAAUAUUUGAAACGUGGAGUGCCAAGAGAAAGAAUAGCAAUCCUUUCUCCAACAAAUUAUGGUCUCUAUAAGGUAGAGGAACAAUUAUCUAAAUUCUUCAUUCCACAUAUUACUAUUAUGGAAAAAUCAAAAUCUUUAAAGGAAAUGGAAAGACACACAACAACUGGAAAAGUUUGCCUAUCAACCAUACACAAGUCUAAAGGUUUGGAGUGGGAUAUUGUUUUCUUGGUGGAUUCAUCAAAUGAUAAAUGGAAAGGUGAUAAUGAUGCGGAACUAAGACGUGUAUUAUAUGUGGCUGUUACCAGAGCAAAGGAUGAGUUACACAUUGUUCUCCCCAAGACAGCAACUUGUUUGAGUUAUAUAACAGAGAUUGAUCGUAGCGUAUUCAGAUUACAUAGUCCCACAGACUUGCGUAUUUCAGAACAGCCAAGAUCAGCAUCCGACUCAUCUAUUAAUCCAUACACCGUAACAAAUAUGGUUCGUAAUAUUGAUGGAGAACUCAUGACAAUACUCAAGGAAGAAGGAUGUUUGCCACAAAUCGAAUUUACGAAAACCAAAAUUGUGGAUACAGACUUUGCAUACUGUGACGUGGUUUACGAAAAUCAAAUGUUUACAGACUUUGGAAACUUUAUUGAUACUUUAUUUUGUAGAAUGAUUUCUGAGAAAAUACCUAAUGGAGGAGGUUUUAGUCAUACAUGCACUGAACUCUUCAUUAACGAGGCAAUCGUAUUAAAUACAGGCAGUAUCCAGGUCUUUAAUAGAUAUGCAAAGAAAUUGAAGCAGUUGAUGAGAAAUGGAAAACCUCCAAAAGCUUUGUUAAAAUCUAUUACUGAUGGCUAUGAAAAGAUAGUCAUGACUGAGAUUAUUGAAUCUUUCGAGAAAAUAUUGGAGAAGGGACAAUUUUCAUUCGAGGUUAUUCCAGUAAUGACAGAAUAUGCCUUCCCACCCGGUUAUGUAGACAGUUUAAAAACAGCUUACAGAAUUUUUACAAAUCCAAAUUAUGAGUCAAUUGAUAUUCUAGAAAGUGUAUUCGAAAUUUCCAAACUUGAUGCAGUUGUUAAAGAGGGAAGAACCAGAAUGCUCUAUCUUGGCAAUACCAAUCUAAAGAAAAAGUUUGACUUUAUUAAGGACAUUGCUCCAAACUAUACAGAACUGUUCAAUAAUUUACAAGAGCACUUUGUUCCAUUUAUUGUAGAAAAAACUGAAAGCUCAGUUAAUACCCAUAGAAGUCUCAGUUAUGGAAAACAUGUUACUGGAGAGGCAGAUAUCAUCAUUGAUGGCGAGACCAUUAUUGAUAUUAAAUGUUCGGUAUCCCAAGAUAUUGAAGUUGAGUGGAUUAUUCAAUUACUCUGCUAUGCAGCCAUGGCUAGAUUGGAUGGAAUGGAAAUUAAGAAUAUUGGAGUUAUCAAUCCACUUCGUGGCACCUAUCAUGAGGUUGAUAUUUCUUGGUGGGAUCAAGGUCGUUCACUCUUGGACAAACUCUACAAAUUCACCAAAGCCAGAGUUGACAAUCAAAGUGGCCCUAUGAUUGUAGAAGAAGAAGAACCAAUAGUGGAGGGAGUCGAAGAGGUUGAAUCAGAUGAUGACCUUUAA